GCAGAGUGGGAGCAAUGGGAGGCGGUACAGGGACCCAUGUCACACUGUGGACCCAGCAGCAGCGUGACGAGGCGGUACGGGGCCCAUGGCAGAUUUGGGGCCUGGCAUCACCUAUGGGAGGCCUGUAAUCUGCCAGCAACCUAUGACAAAAUGGAAAACAGCAGGAGUGUGAGGAGACCUCAAAGUGGCACAUGGCAGAGUGGGAGCAAUGGUGUGAGGAGACCUGAAAGUGGCACAUGGCAGAGUGUGGCGAUGGAGACAGCAGCAAUGGGAGGCCGUACAGGGACCCAUGAGAGACUCUGGACCUGGCAGCAGCAU